CUCCCCCAAAACAUCACGACACCUCCGACCACCCCACCGCAGAACUCUCUACUAUACUUACUUUUCUCGCCAAUUGACCUCUGUGAAACUCCGGCUCUUGUAGAAUUUGCUGCUGAAACCCAUCCUUUCAGUGUAGCUUCUCCCCUUUCCUCAACGGCUAUAACUCGACAAAAUGCCGGGCUUCGCUCAAGCAAACGAACUGUCGGCAUGGGCUUCCCUUCAGGAGCACCACCAGAAGCUCGGAAAGGAUAUUGUGCUCAAGGACUACUUUGCCCAAGACCCCAAGCGCUUCGAGAAGUUCUCCUUCAUCUUCAACAAUGAGGCGGAUAAGUCGGAAACACUCUUCGACUUCUCCAAGAACUUCAUCACCGAGGAGACAAUCGGCCUUUUGGUGAAGUUGGCCAAGGAGGCAGACUUGGAGAAGCUCCGGGAUGAUAUGUUUGCAGGCGAGAAGAUCAACUUCACCGAGGACCGUGCUGUGUACCAUGUUGCUCUACGCAAUACCUCAAACUCGCCUAUGGCAGUUGAUGGGAAGAGCGUUGUCGAGGGUGUCAACGAGGUUUUGGACCACAUGAAGGAGUUCGCGGAGCAAGUGAGGAGUGGAGACUGGAAGGGCUACACGGGAAAGAAGAUGAGCACUAUUAUCAAUAUCGGUAUUGGUGGUUCUGACCUUGGACCUGUCAUGGUCACUGAAGCACUCAAGCCAUACGGUGACCGCAGCCUCAAGCUUCACUUCGUCUCAAACAUCGACGGCACACACAUUGCUGAGGCUCUCAAGGAGUCGGACCCCGAAACCACUCUCUUCCUUGUUGCCUCCAAGACCUUCACUACCGCAGAGACUGUGACUAAUGCCAACACCGCGAAAGCAUGGUUCCUCGAGCAUGCCAAAGACGACUCCGCGAUUGCCAAACACUUCGUUGCUCUAUCAACAAACGAGUCCGAGGUCACCAAGUUCGGAAUUGACAAGAAGAACAUGUUUGGCUUCUCUGACUGGGUUGGAGGGCGUUACAGCGUGUGGAGUGCCAUCGGCCUGAGUGUGGCGCUAUACAUCGGGUUCGACAACUUCCAUGAGUUCCUUGCCGGUGCUCAUGCCAUGGACAAGCACUUCAAAGAGACUCCUCUCGAGAAGAACAUCCCUGUGCUGGGUGGUCUGUUGAGCGUCUGGUACUCUGACUUCUUCGGAGCGCAGACCCAUCUCGUUUCUCCGUUCGACCAAUACCUUCACAGAUUCCCGGCUUACCUUCAGCAACUCUCCAUGGAGUCUAAUGGCAAGGCCAUCACUCGAAGUGGUGACUACGUCAAGUACACCACUGGCGCUAUUCUCUUCGGCGAGCCAGCAACCAACGCCCAGCACUCCUUCUAUCAACUUCUUCACCAGGGCACCAAGCUCAUCCCAACUGACUUCAUCAUGGCUGCUAAGAGCCACAACCCUGUGGAGAACAACAAGCAUCAAAAGAUGCUUGCGUCUAACUUCUUCGCUCAAGCGGAAGCCCUGAUGGUCGGCAAGACUCCCGAGCAGGUGAAGGCAGAGGGCGCAGCACCAGAAUUAGUCUCACACAAGACCUUCUUGGGCAACCGUCCCACGACUUCGAUCUUGGCGGAUAAGAUCACCCCAGGCACAUUGGGCGCCCUCAUUGCCUACUACGAACACCUGACCUUCACCGAGGGUGCUGUCUGGAACAUCAACAGCUUCGACCAGUGGGGUGUGGAGCUGGGCAAGGUUCUGGCCAAGAAUAUUCUGUCCGAGUUGAACGAUUCUAGCGAAUCCACGAAGCACGAUGCUAGCACGAGCGGCCUCAUCAAUGCUUUCAAGAAGAAGUCGUCCUUGUAAAUUCAGAGUGUGGAGAUCAGGCAACGACUUCCCUAAUGUGUCACGACUGGGCUGGUGCGGAAUGAUGAAGGGUCACUAGACGGGUAGUAUAUAGUUUCAGAUUGAAAUUGAUAAGUAAAAUACAGUGCUGUACAAUCCAAGGCGUCCUCGAAUUUUGAUCGUGAAGAUCGAUCGUUGUUACAAACUCGAUGAGAUAUAACGAGACGGU